UGCUCAGCUUGGGGGUGGGGGGGAGGCAGGCAGGUGGAUGGAGAUGGAGAAGGGGAGCACCUUUUCUGCCUCCCCCACCUGCCUGCCUGCGCCUUUGUCACCUGCAGGCAAUCUGAGCUGGGAAUAGAUCACAGAUCCCCGGCCAGCACAGCUCAAAAUGUCUACAACCAGUACUGUGAUCUGAAUGCCGUACCAAUGUCAGAAAACUUACAGAUCCAUCGUGCAGCACUAGAAACCACAACUCUUAGCCACGACUGAACGCAGAUGGGGCCUCUGUAUGUUGCCUUUCCCUUUUCUUUUUGAAUAACUUUUAAUUUGCUUUUAAAACCAAGGGUAAUAGGAAUAAUAAAUUAAAAGAUAGAAAUAUGUAGACUGAGUCUUCUCACAUGAUUUGUAUAUCUCAAAAAUAGCAGAAUAUAUUUGCUGGAAGUUUUAGUUUUAAGUUUAGUUUAGUUCUCGACCAGCAUACACAUAUAUACAUAAAGCAAUCCAAAAUACAAUCUAAAAUAUAAGCAAUAAAUAUAAACCUUUUUAACCAUUAUAAAAAUUAUUAGAUAAAAGAAGGUAUCACUACUUGGGAGGGUACUACAGAUGGUAGCAAUGGAUCAUCUUUGGCUCUGUCCUGAAAUUUUUGGGCACUACUAACACAGAUGAUGCCUUCCUGGAACAGAUGACCAAGCAUUCAAAAGGAAGUGAGAUAGUAGUAAUGGGGGAUUUCAACUAUCCUGAUAUUUGUUGGAUGUCAAACUCAGCCAAGAGCAUAAGGUCAAACAGAUUCCUCACUGGCCUUGCAGACAACUUCAUUGUCCAGAAAGUGGGAGAAGCAACAAGAGGAUCAGCCAUUUUAGAUCUGGUCCUAACCAAUAGUGAUGACCUGGUUAGUGGGGUAGAAGUGGCAGGAUCAUUAGGUGGGAGUGAUCAUGCUCUUCUGGAGUUUAUUAUUCAGCGGAAAGGAGCAGCCAAGCAUACUAAGACUCAAAUCCUAGACUUUAAGAAAGCCGACUUCAGAAAACUUAGGGAAACGCUGGAUGAGAUCCCAUGGACAGAAAUACUAAAAGGGAAGGGAGUUCAUGAUGGUUGGGAGUUUGUUAAAAGGGAGAAAUUAAAAGCACAACUUCAGGCAAUACCAAUGAGACGGAAACAUGGAAGGUGCCUAAAGAAGCCAGGGUGGCUAUCUAAAGAGUUAAGAUUUAAAAGGGAUAUGUACAAAAAAUGGAAAAAGGGGGAAAUCACCAGAGAGGAAUUCAAACAUAUAGCCAGCACGUGUAGAGACAAAGUCAGAAAAGCUAAAGCAGAGAAUGAACUCAGGCUUGCUAGAGAGGUUAAAAGCAACAAAAAGGGCUUUUAUGGGUAUGUCCGUAGCAAAAGGAAGACCAAGGAAACAGUGGGGGCACUUAGACGAGAAGAUGGUGAAAUGCAAACAGGGGACAGAGAAAGGGGAGAACUCCUCAAUGCCUUCUUUGCCUCAGUCUUCUCCAAAAAAGAAAACAAUGCCCGACCUGAAGAAUAUGGAGCAGAUGAUUCAGCAGGGGAAACACAGCCCAGAAUAAGUAAGGAGGUAGUACAAGAAUACUUGGCUAGUUUAGAUGUAUUCAAGUCUCCAUGGCCAGAUGAACUACAUCCAAGAGUAUUAAAAGAACUGGCAGAGAUUAUUUUAGAACCAUUGGCAAUAAUCUUUGAGAAUUCCUGGAGAACAGACGAAGUCCCAGCAGACUGGAGGAGGGCAAAUGUCCCUAUUUUCAAAAAGGGGGAAAGAGAGGACCCAAACAAUUGCCGCCCAGUCAGCCUGACAUUCAUACCAGGAAAGAUUCUAGAGCAGAUCAUUAAGCAAACAGUCUGUGAGCACCUAGAAAGGAACGCUGUGAUCACCAAAAGUCAGCAUGGGUUUCUGAAAAAUAAGUCAUGUUAGACUAAUCUGAUCUCGUUUUUUGACAGAAUUACAAGCCUGGUAGAUGAAGGGAACACUGUGGAUAUAGCCUAUCUUGAUUUCAGCAAGGCCUUUGACAAGGUGUCCCAUGAUAUUCUUGUAAAGAAGCUAGUAAAAUGCAGGCUAGACAAUGCUACCAUUCAGUGGAUUUGUCAUCAAUGGCUCCUCCUCAUCCUGGAGAGUAGUGACUAGUGGGGUGCCACAGGGUUCUGUCUUGGGCCCAGUCUUAAUCAACAUCUUUAUCAAUGACUUAGAUGAUGGGCUUCAGGGCAUCCUGAUCAAGUUUGGAGAUGACACAAAAUUGGGAGGGGUGGCUAAUACCCCAGAGGACAGGAUCACACUUCAGAAUGACCUUAACAGAUUAGACAAGUGGGCCAAAGCAAACAAGAUGAAUUUUAACAAGGAGAUAUGUAAUGUACUACACUUGGGCAAAAAAAAUAAAAAAUGAAAGGAGUAGGACAAUUCAAGAAAGCAGAAUGAUGCAUAUGCUAUGGUAAUAUAUCAAUAGAAUCAUAGAAUUGUAGUCGGAAGGGACCACAAGGGUCAUUUAUUCUAGUCCAACCCCCUGCAAUGCAGGAAUUUUUUCCUAAGGUGGGGCUUGAACCCACGACAUGGUUGAAAUAUUAUGCUGAUAUGCAGCAAUGCCUUGGAGCCAUCGUGACUGCGGCCAUGCCUUGCCUCGCCCACCCUGCCAUCCCCUCUCGCCUGCCCAACCCUCUCAUCCUCUCCAGCCAAGCAGGGUAGCCGCCGACGCUGCCAGCCCCAGAAGCACAAGGUGGCCGCCGCCACGAUGUCGUCGGCCCGCUGGCCCUGUAGCCCCAUCCACAUUCCCACUUCAUGGUUCCUCCCUUCCCAUGCCUUGGCCCCGCCCCUGAACGACCAUGGCUCCCCCCCCCCUAGUUUUGAUCCUGGCUACGCCCCUGGUACUGGAGACCCAUUUCCCCUGGGGACAGAAAUUGACUCAAUGUCCAUUCUUCAUUGGAUAGAGGCUUUGUAGUAUAAGUGGCAAGGUUGAAUUCCAGAGGGGCAGGGAAGCCUAAGAGGGGGUGGAUUUCCUUAUAUUUGAUAGUCUUGCUAUUAACACGUCCUGUGAUUUUUGUAUUUGCUCAAGGGAGGCUACGAAGAGCUGUUCAUACUCAUUGUUGAUGUCUUUCUCUGAUUCGGUUGAAGAUGGUAAAAAGUUUUGGAGUUUAUCUGUCUGAGCAGUGACUUUAUCUGCUUCUAAUUGUGGCGGCUUGCAGUUGACGCCAGUGAUGGGCUUUACCGGUUCUAUCUUUUCCCUAGUACACAUACCUGUUUCCAUGAGAGGUUUUUGGAGCUUAUCAAUCUGUGAAGGGGCUUUAUCUGCCUCUGACUGUGGCAGCUUGCAGUUGACGUCGAUUUUAUAUUUUCUCUAACACUCAUGCGUGUUACCAUGUGAGGUGAAGGGACGCCGGAAUCUUCAAAUAACUGCGUCACCAGCAGUCCAGCCCUUUGGAGCAUGUCCUUGUUGGCUAAAAUUUGUUUAGUUGUCAGCCAAUCCCUAAAUGUCACCAUGGCUCUGUUUUGAUCAUUAUCAAAUGGAAGAAAAUUAAUGUUGAUAAUGUUUUCUGCUGAAACGAGGCCUCUCAGAGCUAUAUUGAUUUUCUUGAGAGUAUAGGUUCUCUGCUGUGCAAUUGUGAAGAGGCCUCUAUGUGUGAAUAAAGGCAGGAAGACCAGUUUCUGUUUGUUUAGGAUUAAAUUCCGACUGUUUUGGGUUAUCUUAGAGCCAAUUUCUUGCUUCUGAUCCAAAUAUACCAGGGGUCAGCAAACUUUUUUAGCAGGGGGCCGGUCCACUGUCCCUCAGACAUUGUGGGGGCCGGACCAUAUUUUGGAAAAAAAAUAUGAACGAAUUCCUAUGCCCCACAAAUAGCCCAGAGAUGCAUUUUAAAUAAAAGGACACAUUCUACUCAUGUAAAAACACCAGGCAGGCCCCACAAAUAACCCAGAGAUGAAUUUUAAAUAAAAGGACACAUUCUACUAAUGUAAAAACAUGCUGAUUCCUGAACCGUCUGCGGGCCGGAUUUAUUUUUUAUUUUUUAAAAUUAUUUUUUAUUAAAUUUUUCAGGUAAUAGGAAAAAACAAUCAUUACAAUCAUACUUCCAAUUAUAUAUAGCCACAUCCAAUAUAUGACAUAAAAAACAACAAUAAAGAAAUACAACAAACGCACACACAAAUAAAAUAACAGUGACAAAUAACCGAAGAAAGAAAAGAAAAGAAAAAAAGAAUAUCAAGUUAAAAUUUCAUAUUUGUAUAUUUCAUAGUUCCUUAAUGGACCUCCUCGGGUACCCUUUUUAACGGUUCCCAUACCACUUCCACUUUACAGGUACCACUUUUUAAGUCUCUUGUUUCAUAAUCCACAGCCUAUAUAGUUGCUUAAAAUCUCCCUCAAAUGUCAAUUCUACAAUACUUCCUGUAAUAUAUUCUAAAUUUCUUCCAAUCUUCUUGCAUCUUCUCUUCUCCCCGGUCGCGUAGUUUCCCGGUCAGGUCAGCAAGUUCCAUAUAGUCCAACAUUUUCAUCUGCCAUUCCUCCACUGUAGGUAACUCAGGUGUCUUCCAGUGCUUUGCUAAUAAUACUCUCGUAGCAGUUGUGGCAUACAGAAACAAAUUCCAAUCUUUGUUAGGUAAUUCUAUUCCCAUUAUGCCCAGAAGAAAGGACUCUGGUUUAUUAAGAAACGUAUUCUUGAAAACUCUUUUCAAUUCAUUAUAAAUCUUUUCCCAGAAGUCCUUUACUAAUGGGCACGUCCACCACAUAUGAUAAAAAGUUCCUAUUGCCUCUUUACAUUUCCAACAUUUAUUGUCCUGGUUAUGGUACAUCUUAGCAAGUUUUACUGGAGUCAAGUACCAUCUAUACAUCAUUUUCAUCAUAUUUUCUCUUAAAACCGUGCAUGCAGUGAAUUUCAUAUUCUUUUUCCAUAACCUUUCCCAAUCUUCCAUCAUAAUAUUAUGUCCCACAUCUUUUGCCCAAUCUAUCAUUACCUUUUUUGUCUGCUCGUCUUUCGUAUGCCACUGCAACAAUAAAUUAAACAUUCUGGAAAGAUUCUUUGUCUUUGGGUCUAGCAGUUCUGUCUCCAGCUUGGAUUUUUCCU